AUGCGCAUCAUCAUGCUCCGCCCAUUUAUCUCGCGCAUCGUACGCAGCCUGCCCCUCGACUGGCGCAAUGCCCUCGUCGACUGGAUGCCCAUACCGGCCCUACAGUUCCAUUCACCCUUCAGAGGCGUGAAACGGAUAGCGCCUGGAAGGAAUCGUAGGUUAUCGAUGUUCAAUCUCGUGCCUUCGCCUGCAACAUAUGAUGAGGAAUAUGCGACCGUACAGCUUUGCGGUGCCAACAACAGCGAUUCGGAGGAGCAAGACUGCAGACCAUCACCGCGAAUGCCUUCGAAGUCACUACGGAAGCAUUGA